AUGACGACGCCGCAGCUGCGCCCCAUCACGCGCCCGUCCAUCCAGCUGACGGAGCCGCCGCUGGGGUCGUCGCUGUCGCUGUCGAUGCCGGGCCGGUCGCGGCGCGAGUCCGUGCCCAGCGCCAUCUUCGCGCAGGCGGGCAUGAUGCCCCAGCCGCCCUUCACGUCGCGCGUCUCCUCCAACAACCCGUUCAUGCCGCGCGUGUCCAUGGGCACCAUGUACACGCCGCAGCACAUGCGGCUGGCCGGGCAGGCGCUGCCCGCGCCGCCGCCGGCCGUUCGCCCCGGCUCGCGCGCCUCGCUGCGCCGCCGCUCGCUCGGCCCCCCGCAGGGGUCAGCUGUAGCGGAGACCACAACGGCGCAAGCGAAAGCGGCGGCGGCGACAGAGGAAGCGGACACGGCAGGGGCGGCGCGGGCGGCGGAGACAGCGGGAGCGGCUCCAGCCUCCAAGUCACGCCGCGCCUCCAUCGUGUCGCAAGGGACAAGUCUCCGCUCCUCCUUAGCCCCGCCCCCGCCCGCGUCCGCGCUGCAGCGCCGCUCCAGCCUCGGCUUCGCCGUCAAGCCCAACGCCUCGCCCGGCCGCCUCCCCGGCAUCGAUGACUCCGGCAGCGCCGUGGCCACCCCGCGCGUGGUCUUCGACCCGCACGCCCACCGCACCAGCCGCGCCUUCGUCUCGAACUGCGCGGCGUGGGCGCACUUGCUGAACGGGCUGCUGGCCUUGUGGUUGGUGUUGCACGCGUGCCUCUUCGCUGCCCUGGGGCUGGUGGGCGCCAUUUUCCUGAUCAUCUUCCUCGCUGCCUUGGCCUCAUACGCGCUGCACAUGAUGCUGCGCAACGAGCUGGCCAUGUGCUGCGAGCAGCAGGUGCCGUGGCUGGGGCUGCCACGCGCCUUGGAGUACGCCUGCAAGAACGGGCCGCGCCCGCUGCGCGCCACGGCCGUCUGCCUC